CAUCUACAAUGUGUCCAAGCCUGCCCUUGAUUAUCAAGCAUUGCAAUUGGCCAGCAUUCAGUCCACAUUAAGUCCGAUCUCUUGACUAGAGUACAUGUUUCCUUGAGAAAAGUACAAAUAGCCUCGUCUGCUCAUGCGCCUGCUGUUCCGCUUCAUCCUCAUCUCCCUCACACUCUUCAUGUUUAACUCUCCACUCCGAAGAAUAUAUCAAACCUCCAAACAUUUCAUCCAGGUACCCGCCACUGCACUCCGCACCAUGUCUUCCUCUUCAGAGAGACCAACAGGCCUGAUUGGCAAAUCGGGCAUUGAACUCCUCACGUUCGGCACCCCCAAUGGCCAUAAAGCAUCUAUCAUCCUCGAGGAAUUGAAGGCGGCCUAUGGAAAGGAGUACAUCUACCAAAGCAUCAAUAUUAUGGAGAACAUCCAAAAGGAGCCCUGGUUCACCAAAAUUUCUCCCAAUGGACGCAUUCCAGCAAUUGUCGAUCACGAUCGCAACGACUUCACUGUUUUUGAGGGUGCAGCCAUCCUGUCAUAUCUUACAAGACAUUAUGACCCGGAGCAUAAACUUAGCUUUACCGACCCAGAUGAUUUGAGCCGAUGUGAGCAGUGGGUGGCUUGGCAGCACGGCGGCUUGGGCCCAAUGCAAGGACAAGCCAACCACUUCUACCGGCUAGCCAAGGAGCGCAUCCCAUACCCCACUCAGCGCUACGUCGGGGAAAGCGAGCGUCUCUACGGCAUCCUCGACAUUCAGCUCGCUGACCGCGACUAUCUCGUAGGUCCCGGCAGAGGCAAGUACUCCAUUGCGGACAUCGCCAGCUUUUCCUGGGUCAACGUCGCGUAUUUCGCUGGUGUGGAUCUCGCGAAGUUCCCCAAUGUUGAGAGGUGGUGGAAGAGUAUUGUCGCAAGACCCGCUGUAAAGAAAGGAUUGGCAGUUCCUGGUGAGAGUAAGCUGGUGAAUGAGGCGUAUCAACGGAGGUUGAAGGAGGAGGACGGAUUUAAGGAGGCGGAGGAUAAGUUGAAGGAUUUGGCUGAUAAGGCUAAAGAGCAGUAUGGUUAUAAGUUUGCCUCUCCUUAGAGAUGGCAGGAGAGGCGAUGAAUAGAGAAUGUAUUAUCUAGGAGCCAUGCUUGCUACAGGUUGGAAGAUGAAUUGUUCAAAAAACAAUGAGUUUGCACGUUAAUCGUCUCAAAUCAAGUACUUGAUCUCUCUAACCAGUACCACCCAA